AUGCAGGUUGAUCUAGCUCUUAGCCACGAGUUGAAGUCGACCGAGUUCAGCAAAGGCUUUCGGCGGGCCGCUGCAGACCGUGGAAAUUGCCCCACUGGAGCUUGGGAAGACGUUGGCUAUCCUGAGCACCCAGAGGCCUCCUCACGGCUCUGGAUUGUCGAUAGGAUUCUGAGCCCACAGACCGUUCCUCAUUUUCUAAGCUUCUUGGGUCACGGCCGGUUGCCUGGUGGGAAGUCGACAGCUAUAUCACUCCCUGCCGAAGAAGAGGUUAUGCUUUUGCUGCAGCCAUACUCUGAUUGGGCCACAACGCCAUACAACAACGUGACGGAAGCACCGAUUGACAGCUGUAUGAAGUUUAUCGGCUCAGAAGAAGAAACCCGCCAGCUCGUUCCCAUCACAAAGGAGCUUCAUUCAAUGAAAUCAAGGAUAUGGGAAGGGCUCCCCCCACUGUCGAAAAGAAGAUGGGAAGAUCUCGAUCUGGACAAUCCCGAUAAUUUCAAGGCGGCUUGCAAGUACUUGGCAAUGACCACGGACGCAUUCAGUUAUCUCAACAUUCCUGUUAUAAAAUCCGCCAUGAGAGAUACGUACAAUAGCAUUUACAAUGAAUUGGAGACGUUUGAAAAAGCCAUCAAUGCUCGUCGAUCAGUCUCCGGGGGACAACCUCUGAGAAUGGCAGCGUUGUGGUAUGAGUUUUUCAAUGCCCAUUGCUCGUUCAUUGCUUCUCGUGCGCACGGCUGGGUGAUUGAAAACACAGAUCGACUCAGGGAAGAUGUUUUACAGCGAUUGGGGAAUCUCACUCCUGGCUCUGAUGAGGAGUGGUUCGGAGAGGCAUCUCUAGAGCUGUCAGACUACAUAUAUGAUCUGACGCAAAAUGCAGCCUCCGCAGACAUAGAAAUUUAUAUUCCCAUGGACGGAUACAGGGGCUCUGGCGUGGAAUCUGCGGACGGCUGGGAGCCUGAAGAUUCUGACAAGGCUCCCUACCGUGAGUACCCAAUCGAGAGCCAUCCAUCGGUGCAAAAGCGAACUGCAGACUACCAUGCUAGGUUGAAAUAUCUUACCCGUGUGGAGACGUGGAGGGGAAGGGAGUCGAGGAAUCCUGCCUUUGGGCCAGGAGGCAUGAAUGCAACUGACAAUAUCAGCUUUGGUAUCGGCAUUGUCGGCCAGUCUCGGAGCCAAGGUCAGGCACAAAAGAGUACACGGUCCGAAAUGCGCGGAUCUAUGAACCUACCAGAUACGACUGGAAGGGAGAUGUGGAUUGACGAGCUCCGACAACACAUUUCUAGCGGUCAACUGAGAACCAGCUUCCUCGGCUACCGGACCUGUUUUGACCAUAGUGGCGACCAGUGGGAACUUUUCAAGGCGAAAUUUGAGUCUGAUAUCAACGACUGGGGCCGAGAUCUCGAGGGGAUCGACGACAUAAAGAGUUUAUUCAAGGUGCAGUGGGUGGAUGUCAGAGAUGUAGCUCAGAAGCCCAUUGAUAUUGAUGGGGCUAAAAGCCAAUUUCGUGAGCUUAUACAGAGUGGCGCAAUCCCCAGCGGGUUCCAUGAUGGAUUCUUCCUCGCAGCAGACAAGUCGUCUAUCGACUCGUAUCUGUGCCCCGGUGCCUCACAAAGCGGAUUCAUUGUCGCAGUAGACAACAAUUUCGAUCGCGAAGAUACCAGCGGUUACAGGAUGUACGAAACACCUGGCUAUGAUGGGCAAGUUAGAGUCCUGGGGAGCCUACUCUGGGAUGAUGUGAGCGCACAGAUAUCGCGCCAGUCACAAUAUCUAGAAGAUAUCUGGCCGCUCGCAAUGCAGCACGAUCUUCAGGUGUAUGAAGGCCCUUGGAUCAAAGAGAAGCUGAGGCCCGCUCAGUAG